CAGCGAUUUCAUCCAAAGGACUCAAGCAGCUUUCCCAAGUUUCUCCUUCGUAUUCUACAGCAGAAUUUCCCAAAUCAUUCUAAUCGACAUGGCUUGCAUCAAGAUGAUUGGUUCGUUGGUUCUGGUCGUGCUGAUCGUGCUGGCUCUUAGCAGCACCACUGAGGCUGGCUACCGGAAACCACCAUUCAAUGGAAGCAUCUUCGGCAAGCGCAACGGAAACUCCAUCGAAUACGAGGGAAACGCAAAGGUUCUGUCGACCAUGUGCGAAAUAGCGGCGGAAGCAUGUCAAUCUUGGUUUGCCCAGGAACAGAAGUAGAAACCCCCACCAGCAGUAAAGCAUACAUAGGUUACCGUUCAAUCUCGCAUCGUUUCCUGGAAAAUCCAAAUCCACCAUUGAACUGAGGUGACCAAUAUCCGCCUUUAUAAAGCACAUUCAUAAUCCUAAUCGAGUCAUUAAUCAUCAGUGUACAGAAGAAUUGCAACAGACAGCCGUAAAUUGAACCAUGAAGGGAAGUGGAAGAUAUGUUAUGUUCUAAAAUUCAAGUGUUAUAAUAAAAUGCAAGAGAGUCAUCCCCUGCUAUAAAAGGGGGAGAUGAUAGAAAA